AUGGGAUUUUGGGAUUCGUUUGAAGUAUACAACAGGAAAAAGCACGCGAAGGACGUUAGCAUGCUCGGGACCAACCAUUCAAAUCUGGGCCAGGGACAGGGCAAGACCGGGUACAUGUAUUCGCACGAGUACUACGGGCCCGCGAAGAAGAAAGCCAUGGAGGAGUCGGGAAUUAUCAGUGAGGCAGGAACUGCAGAUAUGAGAAAAAGCUCCGUUUCCUCGGAGUCCUCUGGGGAAAGUAGUACCAAACUGAUGAUGGGCGAGGACCAGCCUCACAUGGUUGACAUCUCCAAGCUAACCCAGAACGAGUUUAAGCGAUUGUACGAAGGCAUGAGGAAGGGCGAGCCUGAUAACAGGGUGAACUUCUAA